CCAGCCAGCUCCACAGCUUUCUGCAUUCAGUGCCAGUUUUCCUUUUGCUCUGGCAGAUAAUGUCAGCCAUAGUUAGCUGCUUACGAGUCCUUUCUCUAGCCCCUCUGAUUUUCCAGCAUCCCCUUCCAGAUGUUUGUAAAGCUUAGAGAAAACCAACUCCUCCCCACUGCACCCCACCCCUCAAGAUGCCUCUGAAGCUGCUGUCUAAUGUUUCCAGCCCACCCCACCCUACUGGGAACUGCAGGUUCCCGGGCACUUAUGGAAAAGAGUCUUUGGCAGAGGAGGAUGCCCUGCUCUCAGCCCAGUCCCCAGCCAGGCUCCUGCCCUGUGCCGCUGGAACUGCAGCAGCAGGGAACAGCCCCAGCGCUCCCCGCCCGCGGUCGCAGGACGCAUCCCCAGACCCGAGCGUGGCGGGACGAGCCCCGACGCCUCCUGUGCCACCCGUCCGGAGAGCCCCGCAGCGCCUACAACCCUGCGUUGAGCCCUGCCAAGGAGAGUGGGUGCCAAACCUGAAUUACCAGCCCAGAGAGUGGCUGCGGAUCGGCAGCUCCUGCGAUUUGCGGCAGGUUUUUCAGGUCCCCGCCUGUCACACACACACGCAGAUAUUUAAGCAGUCACCCAGGGACCUGCGGGGUUCUUGUUUUACACACUUCUGCUUCCUGGCAGUUUCAGUGCUUGGCCCUAUAGUCUUGCCCUCGGAGGAGAUGGCCACGGAGAAGCCAGUGACUCCCACUGAGGAGCAGCUGGAGAUCCUGGAAUACAACUUCUGCAAGGUGAACAAGCAUCCUGAUCCCACCACGCUGUGCCUCAUUGCAGCUGAGACCGGGCUUUCCGAGGAGCAGACUCUGAAGUGGUUCAAGCAGCGCCUGGCAGAGUGGCGGAAGUCCGAAGGGCUGCCCUCGGAAAGCGGGUCUGUCAGGGACUAGAGGAUGCUGCUCCCAUCCCCAUGCCUGCUGUAAACGAUGAUGAAGCUCUUCGGAGUGGGUUUCCUUGGGGUUCUUUUGUUGCAAUAGGUUUUGAGAUAAAAGUAAUACCCUGCUAUUUAACAUAAGUUUUAUUUAAAAUGUACAUAACCAGGAAAAAAUAUUAUAUAUGUGUGUACACAGCUUCUGAUGGCUGCAGAACCUGCCUAGUGACUCCCAUCCCUUAACAGUGAUUGCACAGGGCAAGGCAGUUUCAUGCCCUUGUUCUAGGCUUGCAGAAAAGCUGCCAUGAAAGGUUAAAGGUAGAAGGGAGGGGAAAAAAUUUUGUUUUCCUUAUGCUAGCCAGAGGCGAAGUAUGUGUGCUAGCUUUAGUAUACAGAUCAUCCAGACAGCAGGUCACCUGGAAAAAUGGAUGUGGUGUUCAGGUGAUCUUGGUUAGUUCAAGAUGAUUUGCCACUAUCCAGAGCAGGCAAAAUGCCUAUGCCAUUCUUACAGCAAGCCAAGCUCCCCUUGAAUGCACUUCUCACAUUUCUGUUAAAGGUCACCAAAGGGAAAGAACUGGCCUUUUUUUUUCCCUCAGUGGAUUAAUAAAAAAGAAAAGUAUUUUGAUGAGAGAA